AUGUUGUUGACCCGCGCUCUGCUCCUGCUAUCAGCAGGUCUGGGAGCCGUGGUCGCCGCCGCGACGGAGGACCUCGUUCUCCCCGGCUCCUCCUAUCCCGAGUCUGUCGCCGUCGACGGGGACGAGCUGUUCUUCAGGUAUGACCUCGCUCUACAACACAGAGGACACCAGGUGUGCUCUGCUCUUGCCGGCACUCGACUCUACGCCUCUGAUGUCGCCAAAUACGAAUUUAAAGACGGGAAACUGGCGUUCAUCGGUACCAUCCCCUUCCGUGGUCUCACGAACGACUCACAAUACCACGCAAGCGGCGUGCUGAAAUCCAACAACUUCCUGUUCGUUUCCGUCAACCAGGGCGCUCCAUUCGAGAGCGGCGGCGAGCAUCUCGGUGGGUCGAGCUUCGUGGUCAAGUACGACCUUGGAAGUAAAACCGAAGUGUGGCGUGCCAGCGUUUCCGCCCCGACAAAGGGGAAAAUGGGAGGCCCGCAGGACUUCGCCGUCGGCAAAUGCGGCAACCUCUUCGUCGUGGGCACGUACCCAGGCCACAUCAUCAAGAUCACCCCCGACGGCAAGCCCUCCCUCUGGUGGGACAGCGGGUCUCCCAAAACCACCGACACGGGCCUCACCAGCAUAGUGACUGUCGGUCAGAAGCUGCUGGCGGUGGACCAGCGAAACGGCGGCCAGCUGGUGCUCUUCGACAGCGGCGCCGCCGAGGGCAAGCCUGUUCCCGUUCCCCUGGUGGCCGAGAGUGGCGAGAAGCAGACGUUCGGCCCCGACCUCGACGGCGCCACCUUGCUGGAGGGCUACAACUCCAGGGUCCUGCUCGUGGCCUCCAACAAGGGAAUCAUUGUCGUCCUCGCCAAGGACCAGACCUGGAGCUCCGCACAGGUCGUCGGCCUCGUCGAGAACCGUUACCGGCGCGAGGGCGGACACACGUCCGAGGCGUUUGAGCUGAAGGGCAAGGUUUACGCAGUCACCCUGUGGUUCGAACCAGCCCCUCGCAACAGACGCGAGUUUCCAUUGCAGGACAUGACGGAUGCUCUCGCCGAGAUACUCGAGAAACACGCCGAGGUUUCCUCGGCUCGGGAGUAG